CCUUUCACUUUAGCGGAAACCAUCCACUGGAUUCAGUCUAGCGUGGGUGAUCGAAUCGAACGGACUUGGACUGGGUUCCGGAACAGUCGCGGGCUGGAGUCAAUCCCUAGGAAAGAACAUUAAAUCAAAAUCAUGUCAAACAACGGUAACUGUUUGGGUUCGUUGUUGGUGUAGCACGUUUAGUACCGCUUCUAAUGAAUGUGAUUUGUUUGUUGGAUUAGCCAACGAACAAGCUUUUCGAAUAGAAAAAAAAUCUAACGUUGUGAUCAGGCUGAGGAUUAUUCUAACGUUGCUUUUCGUUGACUCGUGUGCUUUUCCGUCGGUGACACGAAACGAUGGGAUGUGGCCCUUCCAAUUCGGCGGUGGCAGCAGUGUCCUCGGACGGUGAUGGAACUUCGAAUGGAACGAAAAAUUCAUAUCCCCCCUCCGAAGCGUUCGAGAUCCCUCUGGAUGACGAGAAUCCGGACAGCCUCAUCAAAAAACAUCCACCGCUGAGGCUGAAACGUUUAGAAGAGCAUUCAACCACUCCGCCCAGCAUCGAAGAUUUGGAAGGAAAGUUGGCCACGGCGGAGGUCCGACGUCAGCAGUUCCUAGCGAGUCGCGUGCAGAAGACUACCAUAAUUGAUAAGACAGAUAACGAUGAAAACGGUGACAUCAAUGCCAUCAGAGAAGAAGACGAACCAGAAGAGGGCGAUGCUAAGAAAAAAGAUGUCAAAGAGGUUGAAUCGAAUGAAGAAGAUGUGAUCAAAGUGGAAAAAGAAGAAGGCGUACAGGAAAACACAAAAUGUGAUACACAAGAGGAGGAACAAAAGGAAAGCUAAUUAUCAAUGAAGAAUGGAUGUGUUGAAUAAAACGAAUACUCUUUUUAUUAAACAUACAUUUAUUAAUCUUUUCACUUUCAUUAUAUACUUUUAAUUGUUUAUAUAUAGAUCAUUUGAACCUAGUUUUUUUUUACUUUUCAUAAUAAUCAAUAAUAAUCAUAAUAUUUUGGCAUACCCGUAUAAUACUUUUAUAAAAUAAACAUUUUCCACAUUGUAUCAUAUUUUUAUUCUUUUUCUAACUCUGUGUACACUUUUGCUAUGCUCUCAAUUUUCACAAAAAAAUCCUUAAUGCUUUCCUUUGUUUCGUCCUCACGGGCUGCUGCCGUUGCUUGUACAGUACUUUCCCCCACUGCACUGUACGGUUCGACUUGUUUACCACAUUUAUUUAUAUUCAUAGGAAAAAUCUCUCGUACGAAAGGAAAAAAUAUUCGUUCACAAAUACUAUAAUGAUAAUCUCAAUUCACUUUUGUUUAAUUUUUUUCUCUUUUGUUUAGGAUACCGGCUGAGCUGGCUUGUUAGGCUUAUUCCGUUCGCGUUCACUUUUAAGCUUCCAGCUUGUUCUUCCCCUACAUGUGUUCACUUUUGGGUUCAUCCGCCCUGAUUUGCUCUGUAAUUCCAAUUCCGUUUAGGUUAGGAGUGUGUCUGGGAGUGUGCGAACGAACGGUCGAUCGUUUGCUAGUGUUCUUAUCAAAAUGACACGAGAGCGAAGGGUAAAAAUGCUUCACCGUUUAUCAUAGUGCUCUGGACUGAUUCUACUAUACGGUUGAUUGGUGGUAACCCUCUAGCAUACCAUCCAUCCAACGGAAAUUCCUAUCGGUGUGGUAUGCGAUUUUCCAACUGUAAAAAAGUCAGAGCUGAUUUGUUAUUUGGGAAUAUCUGAUACCUAUAAACAUCCAUCUAAAUAUAUUCGCUGGUGAGUGAGUAUUCUAUUCAUGCAUGCGUGAGUGGAGAAGAUGUGAGGUUUGCGUGAGUGAGACAUUGAGGAUUGUAUGUGCUGAUGAACGACGAUGGAUAUGGAACUAACAACUGCUGACAGUAUUCAACCCUAUAAGUAAAUGUUCGAUCGGUGCAAACGCUAUAAGCGCAACGAUUUCUAACUGAAAGUGUACCAAGUUCACCAAUCCUGUUCAACGAGAUAGAUUGAAGUUGCUCGAAGUUGGUGCAUCCUGUUCUCACCAUUUUGUUCAUUAAACAGGAAUAAUUUUGAAGCCAAAACAGAUGGCACGGCGCUUUUUGAAAGCACUUUACAUGCCCUCUGCAGCAAGUGACAACUCCUUGACGUCUGCCACCUAGUGUAGUUAUUGGACAACAGUCGGUGACUGUAACGGAAACAUGUUGCACCUAUCGAACAUCUACUGUACAGUUGUUCUUUGUUGCUAGAAUCUGCCUGAUCGAAGUCUGUCAAAGCAGAUGAUCUAUUUUCGAUUUUUUUUUUCUUGACUUAUGUUAUACACGUGUUUGUUACCUACAAUUCGAGUUGAAAUGUUUGAUUCUUCUAUUGAAUAUUUAUUGGUUCUACUAGGUGGAGUUACAGGAGCUUUUAUGCUUAGAUUUGUUCCUUUCGAUUGUAUGACAUUUUAUUUGUCUGUUAGUCGUUGAUAAAAAUCUGUUGAAUGUGAAGUAAGUGAGUUGAUCUAUGUUUUGAGUUUGGCAAUGCCUAGAAAUAAUGUUUUUUCUUUAA